UUGAGGGUUGGGGGCGGGGUCCAUUGUGUUUGCCAGAACUAAUGGUAUCAUAACUCGCAUCUGUUACAUUAAAGCAGGGCCAAACUCUACACGUUGGUAUUGACACUAGCCUGACUAAUGAUUAAGCUGGUCUUGGUUUACCUAGUGCUUAACACGUCCAGUCUCCAUUUACUGCAAGGCAGUCCAUGUGACAGACCACUGAAAGUAUAACUUCCUCCUGUAUUCUGUGUGGUACAGGCAAAUAAUUAACACUUAUUAAACCAAGUGCAGAAUAUAUACACACGCACACACAGUGGAGUGCAAUUUUUCAUUCACUUGAAUUGGGGACAGUAUCUUAUCUUCACAAAACAGAAACACUGUGCAUGUGGCCAACUAAUGUACUGAUCACUACUGAGCUAAAACGGAUGGGUGUUUGAUGCUACUCUUAUAUUUGUGUUGAAUGUAAAGCUGUUACUACUAUUCUACAACAACAUUGAGCAGACUUUUAAUCCUUUCAGUGCAGGGCAUGUGAUUGUUGAUUAACCAUUCACCCCGCCCUUCUGUACAUACUGAACAGCUUGUCAAAGGUUGCUUCUCUGUUCAUGUCUUUUAAUUUAAGAAAAUAAUAAUAAAACACAUCAAGGCCUCACACUAUUUGGACUGAUAAACCGGUUUGAAUAUUUGUAUUUAAUGGAUAGUGCUGCAGUGACUUGUUGCAUUAACUUAUUUCCAAGCUGAAAUCUUGCUCCAAUCAACCAAAAUUGUCACUACUGUUGGUAAUUCUUUUUCUUAACAUUGCUUCUGUGGGCAGCCUUGUUUGAUUAAAUUAAUUUUGAACACAUUGAAUGUGGUAUGUGCUUUUUAAAUAUCAGUGCUUUUGUUGAAAUUAACAAUGUCAAGUGUCUUUUUCUUUUAAAAGGUACAGUGUGUAGGAUUUAACGUAUUUUGUGAAAUUGCAUGUUGCAGCUGAUUAUCGCUCACCUCACCCUUCCUACUCAAGCAUGUAGUAGAACCUAUGAUAGCCUGAAGUUAUCUUCAAAACUCAAAAUGGUGUUUAAAAAAACACACCAUUUUAUAUUCCAUUUCUGCCAAAUGGAAACGUAUUCACCAAAAUCUUCCACACUGUGCCUCUCUGGGUUCUUUGAUUUCCAGAGAAAUACGAAUGUGCUGACUGGGUUUAGAUUAAACUCCAGUGAAGUGAAUGUAGAUGUAAAUGCAGUGUGAAAUGUUUCUCUCUGUAAGUCUGAAAAACAAACAAACUGUAAUAGAACAGAGAUCUUAGACAACACUGCUACAAUAAAUGUUAACUGGUUGACCUCUAGACAUGAAAUGGCUUAAUUAAUGUGGUUUGUUGAUCUAUAAUGGGCUUUUAAGUGAUGAUAGAUUGCAGUUUGGGGCUCCCAUGACUCUGGAAGUCACAACGUGGGAACAUAGCUUAAGUGGAAGAGAAUACAUGAAUAUUUCUUGUCCUUUGACUUAAAAGCCAUCAGUUAUGGAUGAUUAGCCGACUCACAAGAAGAAUAUGCAAACAACAUCGCUUUAUGUCUCAAUGUGAACAUAGUAUGAAUUGAAUGCCUGUCAAAGGAGCCUGUGUCAGGACGUCUAACUUCGCUGUCACUUCACUGAUGUGUCAUAUAACACAUUACUCCCAUUAGUGACUUUAAAUUAAACUAAUAUAUUACUUUAAAGAAACUGCAAUUUGUUUUGAGCUUGCUUAAUUUCUUCUUUUGAAAUAGUUCAUCUCUGAGAAUUUUGAAAUUGGAUGUGGUUUUACACACCACAGAAGUGUUUUUUGUAUGCUGAUCUAAAAAUAAAAUCACCUUAACUCUCUUUGGGGAUUAUUAGGUCUUCCCCUCCCAUCAUGCAUAUGUUUUGUUAUGAAACAACCCAAUAUAAUUAUAAUCGAAAACCCCUUAGUUUGGUUGGAAGCAGAUCAACUGUACCAUUUCAAACCAUGUGAUGCUUCCAUCUUCUAAGCUUUUGUCUGUGGUAAUUAGUGGAAGUGCCAUCACCUGGCAGUGAAAGAGGAAGAACCUGUCUGAGGAAGGGAAGAUAAGGUCGUACAAACAUCCCUGUGAACUGAUCCUUUGUUACCAAUGGUGUGUGAGAUGGCUUCUAGGUUUGGCCUGAGUAGAGUUGGGAGACACCAGGAGUAUUCAGACUCCUCUCGGCUCAGGGAUCCCAGCCCCAAUCCUCUGAAUGAGGUCUCUCACAGUGCCUCCUGGUGGACUGACCGGGAGGAGCACAGGGAGCAGGAAGACUUACUCAGAGAGCAACUGCAAGAGAUGGACGAGCACGUGGCCAGACUCCAGGACAUGCUGAGGUGUGAGCGAAAAAAAUGCAACCAUCUGCAGCUGCGUGGUAACCAGCUGCAGGCAGAGCUGAGGCGUCGAGAGCAACACAGCAACAGACUGAAGGAGCGACUGUCUCAGUUCACAGUCAGACACAAGGAGAAAGGAGCCUCCAUAGAGGUGCUGAACUGUCCACCUGCAGGCCGAGGCAAAAGAGAGCAGCCCAUCAAGUCAAUCAAGUCUGCUGCAAAACGUGAAGAGGCAGCACUACGUGUGAUGCUGGAGCGCAGAGAAGCAGAGCUCAGAGAGGCGAUGAAGCUGCGUCACAGCCUCACCACUUUGCUUCAUGCACUCAGAGUCAACAUGGAACAGACCCUUUCGGACUCUGUGGAUAAGCAGGAUGAGGCACCAAAUGACGACAAAUCCUUGUAUGAAGCUGAGAUGGUGCUUGGUGACCAUGUGACAGGAGGAGUGGUUCAGAGUUGGAGGACGUUGCAAAGGAGACUGGGAGACAUCAUAUCUGAUGGUCACACUGGUGUUGGUACUGACCAUGAUAAACUCUUGGCUCAGCUGGAGACUGAGCUAAGAGAGAGUCAACAGCUUGUCAGAUUACAACAGCAACUGCUGCAGGGGAGCAUUGCCUCACCUGUCCCAUCUGAACUGGCUGAUUCAUACUUUUUGGAAGAGUGGGAGCGUCUUCAGAUGCGGUGGGCAGAGCUAAAUCAUCAGAGGAGAACCUUUGAAAGAGAGAGGCAGUCCUUCACAGAUGCUGCCAUCCGACUGAGCCGUGAGCGCUGUGAUUUUGAGCAGCAGAGGGCCCGUCUCAUGAAGCAGAAGUAUUUGUGUGACUCACCUCUGUUUGGCAAAGGAGUGCCAAGCAGCAAGAGAAGAGAGAGUACUGCUCUGAAUUUCACAGGUUUGGGCCCCAGCAGCAUAUCUGGCUGUCUUCCCAUUACUCCGUCGUCCACAGAGUCAGGGUCAGCUAUGCUUUCUGUAUUACACGAGGGGAGAGUUGGACUUCCAACUCCUAGCACUCCUGAGCUCUAUGCUGCCCUCAAUCUCUCACACAGCUGCAGAUCCAGAAAGGUUGAUAAGCAGUCAGAGACAUGGCACAGUAGUACAGAAGGGAUAGAGGACCCUCCACUGGCUUCACAAUUGGACUGGUCAUUUUAAUACCAUGUUAAUUUGUUUAAAGAAUCAUAUUGUACCUUAUUUUCUCUAUUUAAAAUAAAGGCUAAAUAUAUUUUUACUCCACUGCAUUAUUAUUGUUUUCCAUUCCCAGUUGGACUUAAUUUGAUCACAGUGAAAUUUUGUGUUGCUGUUUGUUUGCUAUUUCACUACAAAUACAUGUGCCUUCUGCUCUCAGUGGCUAACUAUGACUGACUGCAGGAUACAAUAUUUUAUACUAUGUAGUCACCGUUUUCUUACCUUUUUGUGUACAGCAGUGAAAAACAGUGCUGCAUUACAACAGUAAAAACGGGGACAAAAGUAAUAGUAGUAAUAACACACGCCCUAAGGACUAUUGAAUCAAAAUGUGGUGGUUUUUAAAGGUGGGGUAGAGUGGAUUUUUUGGACUAAAAAUCUGAGUUAUAGAGGUCCUCCUAGUUUCUGCAGAAAGAGCCCGUCUACUUCUCCCCUCAGUCUGCCUCUGCUCAGCCGAGCAGUUUCUGUCAUGUGAUUGGUCAGCUACCAAGAGCAUUCCUACUCUACAAUCCUAAAAACAGCGCUGGCAGCUCGCGGCUAAGGUUAUAGCAUUUAGCAGCCUCGUUGCAGCUCCUUACAUUUUGAUCCAGAGUCACAAGAAACAGAAACUGAACCUCCUCCACUACAAGGCUGCAGCAGGAUGUUUCACAGGUAAUUAUUUUUGAAAUGUAUUUUUGUGUAUUUUCUCUAUGCUUUUAGAAUCCUGAACUGUGAUGAGACACUUGGCUCUCCUGCUGCUCUCCUCUUCCCCCAACGUCUAUAUUACUGUAAAAAGGCUUUUUCAUUAUUCUAAUUUCAUUAUCAGAUUUGUUUUCUGCACUACUUUGUCAUUAUGUUGUUCUUUUUACACAUCUUCAUAGCUAGCUGGUGGAACUGUGAGAAAAGUAAUUUAAUUUGGCUCUACGAGGAAAUAACAAAUAAAAAUCUUGAAUCUAUGAAAUGUGUAACAGAACUUUGUGCAUAACGUUAUCUCUGUCCCUUCUGAUGUAAUGGCGAAUCAUUGCACACAGGUGAGAAACAUCUGCUGCACAGAAGUACUGAAAAUGUAUCUAACAUUUUGCCCACCAGUAGUAAGUAGACGGCACAAUGGCAAAGAUGUCGCAAGUUUUGAGGGAGCGUGCAAUUGGAAUGCUUGGAAUGUUCAUUUCUCUACCAUAAGCUGUCUUCAAAGGCGAUUCGGAAAAUUUGGCAGUACUUCCAACCAGCCUCACAACCGCAGACCUUGUGUAACCACACCAGCCCAGGACCUCCCCAUCCAGCAUGUUCACCUCCAAGAAUGUCGGAGACCAGCCACCCGGACUGCUGCUGCAACAAUCGGUUUGCAUAACCAAAGAAUUUCUGCACAGACUGUCAGAAACCGUCUCAGGGAAGCUCAUCUGCAUGCUUGUCGUCCUCGUCGAGGUGUCGACCUGACUGCAGUUUGACGUCGUAACUGACUUGAGUGGGCAAAUGCUCACAAUCAAUGGCGUCUGGCGCGUUGUGUGGCAUCGUGUGGGUGAGUGGUUUGCUGAUGGCAACGUUGUGGCUCGAGUGGCCCAUGGUGGCGAUGGAGUUAUGGUAUGGACAAUGAACACAGGUGCAUUUUAUUGAUGGCAUUUUUAAUUGCACAGCGAUACCGUGACGAGAUCCUGAGGCCCACUGUUGUGCCAUUCAUCCACGACCAUCACCUCAUGUUGCAGCAUGAUAAUGCAUGGCCCCAUGUUGCAAUGAUCUGUGCACAAUUCCUGGAAGCUGAAAACAUCCCAGUUCUUGCACGGCCAGCAUACUCACCAGACAUGUCACCCAUUGAGCAUGUUUGGGAUGAUUCCAGUUCCUGCCAAUAUCCAUUGAAGAGGAGUGGACCAACAUUCCACAUGCCACAAUCAACAACCUGAUCUACAACCCCCCCAUAAAGCAAAACUGAACAUUUCAGAGUGGCCUUCUAUGGCGAUUUUGUGUAUAUAGAAAAUGUUUUAGAUCUUUGAGUUCAGCUCACUAAAAAUGGGAGCAAAAACAAGUGUUGCGUUCAUACUUUUGUUAAGUGUAUAAACAAUAUGAUAUUCAAA